AUGCCUCCCAAAAUAAGAAAGGUGCCCAUUAAUCCAAAACUGGAGACCAGCCAUGAAUUGAAAUAUGUUUUCAGCAUGUUCGAGAAAAAACCUGAAGUAAAGGAAAUCUUUGAAAAAUUCAAAGGACGAGAUCUCAGGGACCUUCGAAAUGACGGACUUCUCAGACAGCAUGCCUUAAAGGUGAUUGCGACCAUAGACAAGUGCAUUUGCCGCCUAGAGGAGCCUGAGACUCUCGCAAAGCUGCUAAUCGAGACGGGCGCCAUGCACAUCAAAUACAAAGUUCCUGCUGAGUGUUUACAGAUUAUCUUCCCACAUUUCCUGAAUGCAAUCAAACCGUACAUAGAAGACUACUGGUCAGAAGAUAUCGCAUACGCCUGGAAGACUUUGUUUAGGAUCAUGACGUACUACAUGGAGAUUGGGAUGACCAAGGGUGUAAUAGAUGUGAACUCAAUCAGUAGUCAUGUUAAACGAGACAUCUAG